AUCUGUUAUCCAAAAAACUACAUUUCCCAGGAGCCCACUGACUUCCUGUCCUUACAUACUUCCUGUAGACAGGGGAUAAAUUCAGUGGGUGUUCCUGCUCUCCUUCUGUUUGGCUUUUUGACUUCUUGUUGCAAUCGUGGCGGUAGUGCUAAGAGGGAUUUUGAACAGGCUGAUUAGCCAUGGGCAAGUGGAUGGUUUUAUAUUGUUACCUGUUUUUUCCUUUCUUUCUAAUGAUCAUUAGAAAGUUCUUCGGAACUUUCAGAACAUUCAGAAGUCCAAGAACAUUCUCUUCGUCAUCUCCAAACCCGAUGUCUUCAAAAGCCCCGCCUUGAACAUCUGCUUCAUCUUUGGGGAGGCCAAGAUGGAGGAUCUUUCCCAGCAAGUACACAAGGCAGCAGCGGAGAAGUUCAAGGUGCCAGUCGAGCUGUCGCCCAUCAUCACAGAGACGGUGCCGGACCUCAGGGCCAAAGAGGAGAGUGACGAGGAGGAGGAGGUAGACGAGAUGGGGCUGGAGGUGCGGGACUUUGAGCUGGUGAUGGCUCAGGCCAAUGUGUCUCGAGCGAAGGCCGUCAGGGCGCUGAGACACAACAAUAAUGACAUCGUCAAUGCCAUCAUGGAGCUGACCAUGUAGCCACUGCCUUGCCCGGCCAGUUUCCCCCCUAACCCCCCCCCCCCAUCCCUUGACUUAAUGCUGCUCAAUAAACCUGUAUUCA